AGCUUUUAACCUCUCUCUCUCAACAACACUCCCUUCGCCCCACGACAUUUGUUUAAUUGUUUCUCUUUGGCCAGCUCAUUCACACCCCCAAAUACUUACAACUCCACCACCCAACCCUCCCCCCUCUCUCUCUCUAUUUCAACGUAUUCUCAACCAGAUCUCCGGGAGUAAUCCCAUAAAGAUGCGACCUUUUCCACCCCUUCCUUUGUUUUAGACUUCAGACCUGUUAUAAAAUCUCUUUCAACGUUACCCAUAUUCUAUUUCUCUCUUCUUUGGGGUUUCUGGGUUCACUUUCUUUUCGGGAAACCUAAUAAGGAAAAGAAGAGUGUUUGAGCGUGCGUGCGUCUGUGUUGGUUUUGUUUGAUAUCGUCUGGGGGGGAUCUUGCUAGAGAGAGAGAGAGAGAGAGAAAAUGGAGAAUGAAGUAGAAAGAGAGAGUGGGUCGAUGAUCUUUAGCGAGGAGGAGUUGAUAGAGGUGAGUGGGUUGAAGAAAGGAAUAGAUUUUAUAGAAGUGACAUGUGGGUGUACCAGUCAUAGAUAUGGUGAUGCCGUUGGCAGGCUUAGGGUUUUCUCUAACGGUGACCUUGAAAUCACCUGUGAAUGCACCCCUGGUUGCAAUGAAGACAAGUUGACUCCUGCUGCGUUUGAGAAGCAUUCUGGAAGAGAGACGGCUAGAAAGUGGAAAAAUAACGUUUGGGUGAUAGUGAAUGGAGAGAAGGUCUCAUUAUCAAAGACUGCAUUGCUGAAAUACUACAACCAAGCAUCUAAAAAUGCCAAUGGUACCAACAGAUCCCUUAAUGGAAGAGUUUGUCAUCGGGAUGAGUUUGUUCGCUGUAGCAGUUGUAACAAGGAGAGAAGAUUUCGAUUGCGGACGAAAGAGGAAUGUCGGAUUCACCAUGAUGCUUUAGCGGAUGUGAAUUGGAAAUGUUCGGAUCUUCCAUAUGACAGGAUAACAUGCGAUGAUGACGAAGAACGAGCAAGUCGCAGGGUAUACAGGGGCUGCACCCGUUCUCCGACGUGCAAGGGUUGUACAUCCUGUGUGUGCUUCGGGUGUGAAAUCUGUAGGUUCGGUGAUUGCAGUUGCCAAACUUGCACCGACUUCACUAGGAAUGCCAAAGCUUGAAGAGGAUGGGUUCUCUUCAUUUGCUGCUUUGGUUUGAACCCACAUCCACUUAAGAAGGAAAGCGAGCUGGAUUCUCUCCUGUUUCGUGCCAUUAGACUUUUAAAAAUUUACCAGUCCCUCUGCUUAUCGACUGGUUUUAAAACUUUUAAUUUAAUUGAACUUGAUCCCUGCUUUCA